AUUCGGUGCAUUUUUGACGAUCUACAUUUGACCUGGUCUCGCGGCGAUGACGUCACCGCUCAUUCAGUCGCGUCGAGUCUUCUGAGGAGAGGCGAGCAGCUCACGAUCUGCUGCUUCCACACAGAAAUUCAUCAUCCCUUAAGCUCCUCCCACUCUGGAAUAAUCAUCAGUGAAGCUCCUCCCACAUUUAUCGCACCGCCAAUAAAUGGUGGAAGACUUCAUUCAGUUCAGAAGUGAAGACGAGCAUCAGAACAUCAUGAAAGAGCUGAAAUCUGAGUUUAUUAAAGAGGAAAGUGAGAACAUUAGUGAUCUAGAACCCUGCAGAAUCAAACACUCUGAAGAAGAACUGAGAGACCCUAAAGAAGAGAACGAGGAGAUUGAAGUGGAGGAGAAACAUCAUGUCAAACCUGAAGAGAAACCUCUGAGUCACUCGAAUCCUAAAAUUAAUUUUUUAAAGGAAACAAGAGCUGAGGAAUCUUCCACCUGCACUCAGUGUGGAGAGAGUUUCAAAAACGAACAAAGUCUUGAGAUUCACAUGAGAGUUCACACUAAAGAGAAGCCACAUUCCCAAAGUUUAAAGUCGCAUCAGAAAACACACACUGGUAUAAAAGGUCAUGUGUGCUUUGAGUGUGGGAAAUCUUUUACUUGGGCAACACAUUUAAAACAGCACCAGAGGUUCCACACCGGAGAAAAACCUUAUAAGUGUUCACACUGUGACAGGAGAUUCAGUUGGAUAGCACAUCUGAAAACACAUGAGCAGAUCCACAGCAGAGAGAAAACACACAUGUGUGAUUUGUGCGGCAAGAGCUUCACUAGCAAAAAACGUGUUAGAGUCCAUAUGAAGAUCCACACUGGAGAAAAGCCAUACACAUGUGAUCAAUGUGGAAAGAGUUUCACUCAAUCAUCAUACCUUAAAGGACACAUGAGGAUCCACACUGGAGAAAAGCCAUACACAUGUGAUCAAUGUGGAAAGAGUUUUAUUCAAUCAUCAUGCCUUAAAGGACACAUGAGGAUCCACACUGGAGAGAAGCCAUACACAUGCGAUCAAUGUGGAAACAGUUUCUCAUUAAAAAACAGUUUUGAUGUUCACAUGAGGAUCCACACUGGAGAAAAUCUACAUGCUUGUGACCAAUGCGGCAAAACGUUUCUUAGGUCAACUGCUCUGAAGAAACACAUGACAGUUCAUACAAAGGAGAAGCCGCAUUUGUGUCCUUUAUGUGGGAAGAGUUUUUCACUGCUGCAAAGUUUAAAAUCACAUCAGAAAUUACACAACACUGUGAGAGAUCAUGUGUGCUCCGAGUGUGGGAAGACUUUUGCUUUUGUAAACCAUUUAAAACAGCACCUGAUGAUUCACACUGGAGAGAAACCUUACAAGUGUUCACACUGUGACAAGAGAUUUGGUCAAUCAGCUAAUCUGAAAAGACAUGAGCAGAUCCACACUGGAGAAAAGCCGUAUGCAUGUGAUCAUUGUGACAAAACAUUUCUUCUGUCAACAUCCCUGAAGACACACCUGGCAGUUCAUACGGGGGAAAAACCAUAUUCAUGUUCCUUAUGUGGAAAGAGUUUUUCACUUCUGAAAAGAUUAAAAUCACAUCAGAAAACACAUACUAAUGUGAGAGCACAUGUGUGCUUUGAGUGUGGAAAGACUUUUACUUUGGUAAACCAUUUAAAACAGCACCAGAAGACUCACUCUGGAGAGAAACCUUACAAGUGUUCACACUGUGAUAAGAGGUUCAGUCAGUUAGGAAAUCUGAAAAAACAUAUGAAGAUUCACACCGGAGAUAAACCUUACAAGUGUUCACACUGUGCCAAGACAUUCAGUCAGUCAGCAAAUCUGAAAAGACAUGAGCAGAUCCACAGCAAAGAGAAACCUCACAAGUAUUAACACUGUGACAAUAGAUUCAGUCUGUCAUCAAAUCUGAAAACGCGAGAGGAUCCACACUGGAGAGAAACCUCACAAGUGUGAUCAGAUCAGGAAGAGUUUAACUUUUAAAAGUCGUCUAAAGCUACACAUGAAGAUCCAUACAGUAAAGACACUGAGUAAUAAAGUCACUUCUGUGUAAGUUAGUUUCCUUACAGUCACUAUUAGUGACAUGACAUUUUGUUGGUUGCUUGGAAAGUAUCUAAUUUUUAUGAUAAAGUAUGUUAUUAUGAGAUACUAAGUCAUUA